AGGCCUGAGGAAGAAAAGAAGGGGAGUGAGAAGUGAUCGCAGGAGCAAGGCGGUCUACGUUCUAUUAUCGAUUCUUCUUGGUGUAUGGCCUAAUACAUGUCAUAGUUACGAUCUGGGAUCCAGUCUCGCGUUUAUUUAUCUAUUGGAAUCAGGAAUUGAACCCAGGCUUAACCAAUGAGCCACAUCGUCAGUCCUUUUUUAUAUUUUAUUAGAGACAUGGGCUCGCUAAGUUGCUUAGGGCUCCCUAAAUUGCUGAGGCUGGCUUCAACUCGUGAUCCUCUAGUCUCAGCGUCCAGAGCUGCUGGGAUUACAGAUGUGCUCCAAGGCUCGGCCAGUCUCCCGUUUAUAAAGGAGCAGGGAGGUGGCCUGCUCCGUUCCCUAACCUCCAGUCACAUGCCAACAUCUGCCCCGGACGGCUGGGCUGACCUGCACGGAGUCCCAUAUCUGGCUGACCUAUCACCCUCCCUCAGAACCUAGAUAUGUGGCGGUUUUCUUCUGAAGUGAACACUUGACUUCGUGCCUGCAUCUAGCUCAGCAYAAAGGAUAUAGGGACUCUGUUAGACUUGAAGGCAGAUGGCCCAUCUUCAGUCUAAUAAGGAUCUCAUUUCUACGGGAAUGAAGGAAUUUAAUGUUCUGCUGAAUCAGCAGGUCUUUAAUGAUCCUCUUAUUUCUGAAGAAGACAUGGUGACUGUGGUGGAUGAUUGGGUGAACUUCUAUGUCAGCUAUUACAAGCAGCAUAUGAAAGGGGAGCAGCAAGAACAAGUUGGGGCUCUGCAGGAACUCCAGCAACAGUUGGACAUUCUGGCAAAAUCUUUUCUGGUUAAAUAUAAGGACUUCCUGAAAUCCCAUGAGCACCCAAACCAUAAGCUUCCUUCCUUCUAGCCCAGAGAUCCAGGCCUUCAUCUCCAAGAAGCCCUUAAAUUCUGGCUUUGUAGAUCAUGUACUCAGGAUGUGCUUC